UGGGCGAGGCGGGCGACCCGCGAUGCCGCCGCCCCGCAGCUCCGGUGCCCUGGUGCGGCUGCUGCCCGUGCUGGGCCUGCUGCUGGGCGGCGCCGCGCGGGCCCCCGGACGGUCGCAGGAGAUCCUGAUCAAGGUGCAGGUGUACGUGAGUGGGGAGCUGAUGCCCCUGGCCCGGGCCUCGGUGGAUGUGUUUGGGAACCGCACGCUGCUGACUGCUGGCACCACAGACUCUGAAGGCGUGGCUACCCUGCUGCUCAGUUACCGCCUGGGCACCUGGGUGCUGGUCACCGCUGCCCGCCCUGGCUUCCUCACCAACUCGGUGCCCUGGCGGGUGGACAAGCUGCCCUUGUACGCGUCUGUCAGCCUCUACCUGCUCCCAGAGCGGCCUGCCACCCUCAUCCUCUAUGAGGACCUGGUCCACAUCCUGCUCGGCUCCCCGGGCGCUCGCUCCCAGCCCUGGGUGCAGUUCCAGCGCCGGGCCGCGCGCCUGCCGCCCAGCGCCACCUACAGCCAGCUGUGGGCCUCGCUCACGCCCGCCAGCACCACGCAGGAGCUGCGCGCCUUUCCAGCCUUCCUGGGCACCGAGGGGCCCGUCGCAGGCAAUGGGUCCUGGCUGGAGCUGGCGCCGCUGGCGGCCGUAAGCGUACAGCUGCUGGCUGGCAAUGGCUCCGAGGUGCCGCUCGCGGGGCCCGCGCACUUGGCGCUGCCGCUGCCCUCCGAACCGCGCUCCCUGGCCGCAGGGACAGGCGUCCCGGCCUGGAGGUUCGACCCCAAGAGCGGACUGUGGGUGCGCAACGGCACCGGCGUGAUCCGCAGGGAGGGCCGCCAGCUGUACUGGACCUUCGCCUCCCCGCAGCUGGGCUACUGGGCGGCUGCCGUGGCCUCGCCCGCGGCUGGGCUGGUCACCAUCACGGCGGGCAUCGCGGACUUCGGCGCCUACCACACCGUGUUCCUGCUCACCAUCCUGGCCGCGCUGGCGCUGCUGCUGCUCAUCCUGCUGUGCCUGCUCAUCUACUACUGCCGGAGGCGCUGCCUGAAGCCCAGGCAGCAGCAGCACCGCAAGCUGCCGCUCCCGGGGCCCGCGGACGGCGCCAGGCGGGACCAGGCCACCUCGAUGUCCCAGCUACACCUCAUCUGCGCUGGGCCCCUGGAGCCAGCGUCUUCAGGGGACCCCGAGGCCCCGUCGCCCGGGCCCCUGCACUCCGCCUUCUCCAGCGUCCUUGACCUGACUGCCUCCCGCGAGGAUUUCUUCCGGGCCAAGACACGCGGGCCCGGGCCCGCCACCGCCGAGCCCCCAGGGGCACGCGGCGGGGAUGGGGCUGGGCUUCGGAUCACGCGCACCUCUGAGGAGCCAGCGCCACCGGGGGCCGCUGCCUUCGCACGCGAGCCGCCCUCGCCACCGCCCUUUGAGCGCCCCCUGGGCCCCCCGGGCGCGGCCAGUGGCCGGGACCCCGCCUUCCCGCUGCCCGUGGCUGACCCGCCCGGGCGCCCCCCUUCCCUGGGCGCAGCGGGGCCACUGCUGCUGUGUGGCGCGCUCGACGCCCUGCAGGACAGCGUGUACCGCGGCGUGCUGCCGACCCUUGUCAUCCCCGCGCGCUAUGUGCGCCUGGGCGCCGAGGCUGGGGCCGCCGCCGGGGGCUCAGAGCCCGCUGCGCCCGAGGGUCCCUCGCGCGCCUUCCCCGCGCCCGAGCCUGCGCGUGCCCUGCCCGCCCCCGGCCCCGCGGCGCCGGUGACCAUCCCGGUGCUGCUCGACGAGUCGGCCGUGGCGCAGCUCAACGGAGAGCUGCAGGCGCUGACGGAGCAGCAGUUGCGCGAGCUGGGCGUGCGCCCCCCUCCGCGCGCUUGGUUCGUGUCGCUGGACGGGCGCUGCAACGCGCAAGUGCGCCACUCCUACAUCGACCUGCAGGGCGGCGCGCGCGCAGACGCCGGCCCCGACCCUGGCGUGGACGCGCAUGAGGCGAGAUCUGGGCGCCCCCGCCGCCCCACGCGAGAUGAGCGCGCUCCCCCGCCGCCUGCGCCCCCACGCCUGGCCCUCAGUGAGGACACGGAGCCCAGCAGCAGUGAGAGCCGCACGGGGCUGUGCUCGCCAGAGGACAACUCGCUGACACCGCUGCUGGACGAGGUGGUGGCACCCGAGGGCCGCGCGGCCACCGUGCCCAGGGGCCGGGGUCGCAGCCGCGGGGACAGUUCCCGCAGCAGCGUGAGCGAGCUGCGGCGCGACUCGCUCACCAGCCCGGAAGACGAGCUGGGCGCUGACGGUGGUGACGACUCAGGCGACAAGAAGAGCCCCUGGCAGCGGCGCGAGGAACGGCCGCUCAUGGUCUUCAACGUCAAGUAGUCCGAGGGGCCCCGGGCCGCCGGGCUGGGCGAGGCCGUGGGGGGCCCGGGGUGGGGGGCCGGGCAGCACCAGGGAGGAGGGC